GUUUGCGCCGAGGAAAGAUGGCGGCGAGCGGAUCGUGAACAGAUUAUCGCGCUGCUCGGUGUUUAACGGCGUGAGCUCGGUUCGUGAGCGUGUUUGUGUCGUGUUCUGCGAGGCAUGUCGGACUCUGAGGAGGAGACCCAGGAGCGGCAGCUGAAGAUCGUGCUGCUGGGAGACGGAGCGUCGGGGAAGACUUCUCUCGCCAUCCGCUUUGCACAAGAGGCUUUUGGGAGACAGUAUAAACAGACGAUAGGGCUGGACUUCUUCCUCAAGAGAAUCACCCUGCCAGGAAACUUGAAUGUGACGCUGCAGGUGUGGGACAUCGGAGGACAGACUAUUGGAGGAAAAAUGCUCGACAAAUACAUCUACGGAGCACAGGGCGUGCUCCUGGUGUAUGACAUCACUAAUUCUCAGAGUUUUGAGAAUCUUGAAGAUUGGCUGAACAUGGUGAGAAAAGCCAACGAAGAGUCCGACACACAGCUGGCAAUAUCACUGAUCGGAAACAAGAUUGAUCUGGAGCACAUGCGGACAGUGAAGAUGGAGAAACAUCAGCGAUUCUGUCAGGAAAACGGACUCAUCAGUCAGUUUGUGUCUGCGAAAACAGGAGACUCUGUGUUUCUCUGUUUCCAGAGGCUGGCAGCUGAGAUUUUAGGCAUAAAGCUGAAUAAAGCUGAGAUGGAGCAGUCACAGCACGUGGUUAAAGCAGACAUAGUGAACUACAGUCAGGAGUCGGUGGCUCGAGCCGUCAACCCUCCACGCAGCUCCAUGUGUAACAUACAGUGAUCAUCGUCUCUGUCUGUCCUCUGAAAGUGCUGCGUUUGAUGCAGACGGACUCUGACACACACAUUCUGCUUUAUACUGUCCUCCCUCGUUCAUUUGCCAAUUAGACAUGCUGUGUUACGUAAAAUCUUUAAUGUGUGCAAGUACCAGAGCUUUACCUUGUAAAUCUUUGCUUGUGUAAGUCCAGACAGACGGAUGACGGAUCAUUAUAGAGGAUCGCUGCGUGUAAAUGCCGCUGGAGUUCGUUCAGCUGAGAACGAGCCGAGAUCUCACAUCUGUGGGAGUGUGUGUGUGUGUGUGUGUGUGUGUGAGAGAGAGUGUGUGUGUGUGUUUGUGAGA